AUGGGCGGCAAGAACAAGAAACACAAGGCCCCGGGGACCGCAGCGGUCCGGGCUGCAGUGUCUGCUUCCAGAGCUAAAGCUGCUGAGGCUGGAGCCACCGUGGAGGCUCAGAACAAGAAGACCGUGGCCAGGCCGCCCCCGGCCGCCGUUGCCAACACCCGGGAGCCUCGUGUCAAGCAAGGUCCGAAAAUUUAUAGUUUUAGUUCUGCGAAUGAUUCUGGUGGUCCUGCAAAUCUGGAUAAAUCGAUUUUAAAAGUGGUUAUUAAUAACAAAUUGGAGCAAAAAAUUAUCGGAGUCAUCAAUGAGCAUAGAAAGCAAAAUAAUGACAAAGGAGUGAUUUCUGGAAGACUUACUGCCAAAAAAUUACAGGAUUUAUACAUGGCUUUACAAGCAUUUUCCUUUAAAACAAAAGACAUUGAAGAUGCCAUGACUAACACACUCUUACAUGGAGGUGAUCUCCAUUCUGCUUUGGACUGGCUCUGUUUAAAUCUUUCAGAUGAUGCACUUCCUGAAGGAUUCAGCCAGGAAUUUGAAGAGCAACAACCGAAAAGUAGGCCAAAAUUCCAGUCUCCUCAAAUACAAGCCAGUAUUUCACCUCCAGUGCAAAUAAAAACCAAAAAGCAGGAAGAAAACUUUAAGCCAAAAAAGGAAGAAAAAAAUAUGGAAAGUAAUAUGAAAGAAUGGAUUUUGAGAUAUGCUGAACAACAAAAUGAAAAAGAAAAGAAUGAAAAUUCUCAAAGUUUAGAAGAGGAAAAAUUUGACCCUAAUGAAAGAUACUUGCACCUUGCAGCAAAACUGAAGGAUGCAAAAGAACAAGCAGCUACCUUUAAACUAGAAAAAAACAAAUCAGGCCAAAGAGAAGCUCAAGAGAAAAUAAGGAAAUUCCAAAGAGAAAUGGAAACUUUAGAAGACCAUCCAGUAUUCAAUCCAGCCAUAAAGAUUUCACAUCAGCAGAAUGAAAAGAAAAAACCUCCUUUGGCUGUAGAAGAGGAAAAUGCUUUGAACUUUAACUUAUUUGAAAAGUCUGUCACUGCUACUGAAGAAAGCAAAGAUAAAAAGAAAGAACCUCAUGAUGUAAGGAAUUUUGACUACACUGCUCGAAGCUGGACCGGAAAAUCACCCAAACAAUUUCUAAUUGACUGGGUCAGGAAGAAUCUCCCCAAGAGUCCAAACCCUUCCUUUGAGAAAGUUUCAGUUGGUAAAUACUGGAAAUGUAGGGUUAGGGUAAUCAAGUCUGAAGAUGAUGUCCUGGUAGCAUGUCCUACAAUUUUAACUGAGGAUGGCAUGCAAGCCCAGCACCUUGGAGCUACUUUAGCCCUUUAUCGUUUAGUGAAAGGGCAGUCGGUUCAUCAGUUGCUCCCUCCCACUUACCGAGAUGUUUGGCUGGAGUGGAGUGAUGCAGAAAAGAAAAAAGAAGAAUUAAAUAAGAUGGAAAGCAACAAACCACGUGAUCUUUUUAUUGCUAGACUUCUGAAUAAAUUGAAACAGCAGCAGCAACAGCAACAACAGCAUUCUGAUAAUAAGCGAGAAAUUUCUGAAGAUCCUGAAGAAUCUUGGGAGAACUUAGUUUCUGAGGACUUUUCUGCACUGUCCACGGAGUCAGCAAAUGCAGAAGAUUUGGAGCCUGUCAGAAACCUCUUUAGAAAGUUACAAAGCACCCCAAAGUAUCAGAGACUUCUAAAGGAAAGGCAGCAGUUACCUGUGUUCAAACACCGAAAUUCCAUUGUUGAAACUCUAAAGAGGCAUCGGGUAGUGGUUGUGGCAGGUGAAACAGGGAGUGGGAAAAGUACUCAGGUACCACAUUUCCUAUUAGAAGAUUUGCUUUUGAAUGAAUGGGGAACGAGUAAAUGUAACAUUGUCUGCACGCAGCCCCGGAGAAUUUCAGCAGUGAGUUUAGCCACCCGAGUUUGUGAGGAGCUGGGCUGUGAAAAUGGUCCUGGAGGAAAGAAUUCCUUGUGUGGAUACCAGAUCCGAAUGGAAUCUCGAGCGAGUGACUCCACCAGGCUACUAUAUUGUACAACAGGGGUUUUGCUAAGGAAACUUCAAGAAGAUGGUCUUCUAACUAUGGUGUCUCAUGUUAUAGUCGAUGAGGUUCAUGAAAGAAGUGUCCAGUCAGACUUUCUACUGGUUAUCUUGAAGGAGAUUUUACAAAAGCGUUCCGAUCUACACUUAAUACUAAUGAGUGCCACUGUGGACAGUGAAAAGUUUUCUACUUAUUUCACACACUGUCCCAUCCUUAGAAUUUCAGGAAGAAGUUACCCUGUUGAGGUUUUUCAUCUUGAAGAUAUAAUAGAGGAAACAGGCUUUGUGCUGGAGAAAGACUCAGAAUAUUGCCAGAAAUUUCUGGAAGAGGAGGAAGAAGUAACCAUUAAUGUUACAAGCAAAGCAGGGGGAAUAAAGAAAUACCAGGAAUAUAUCACAGUUCAGACUGGAACAAGUGCUGUCUUAAAUCCUUUUUACCAGAAGUAUAGCAGCCGCACUCAGCAUGCCAUUCUGUACAUGAAUCCUCAUAAAAUCAACCUGGAUCUCAUUUUGGAACUACUGGUAUACUUAGACAGAAGUCCCCAGUUCAGAGGUAUUGAAGGAGCAGUAUUGAUCUUUUUACCAGGACUUGCUCAUAUUCAACAGUUAUAUGAUCUCCUGUCAACUGACAGAAGAUUUUCUUCUGAACGAUAUAAAGUGAUAGCUCUGCAUUCUAUUCUUUCAACUCAGGAUCAAGCAGCAGCAUUCACAUUUCCUCCUCCAGGAGUCAGGAAGAUUGUUUUAGCAACAAAUAUUGCAGAAACUGGUAUUACCAUUCCAGAUGUUGUAUUUGUAAUUGAUACUGGACGAACAAAAGAAAAUAAGUUCCAUGAAAGCAGUCAGAUGAGUUCCUUGGUUGAGACUUUUGUCAGUAAAGCUAGUGCUCUCCAGCGCCAGGGAAGAGCUGGGCGCGUCAGAGAUGGCUUCUGCUUCCGAAUGUACACCAGAGAAAGAUUUGAAGGCUUUAUGGACUAUUCUGUUCCUGAAAUUUUGCGUGUACCACUGGAGGAAUUGUGUCUUCAUAUUAUGAAAUGCAAUCUUGGCUCUCCUGAAGAUUUCCUCUCCAGAGCAUUAGACCCUCCUCAGCUUCAAGUGAUUAGCAAUGCAAUGAACUUACUCCGAAAAAUUGGAGCUUGUGAACUGAAUGAGCCUAAACUGACUCCAUUGGGCCAGCACCUUGCAGCCUUGCCUGUCAAUGUCAAGAUUGGAAAAAUGCUUAUUUUUGGUGCCAUAUUUGGUUGCCUUGAACCAGUGGCAACACUGGCUGCUGUGAUGACAGAGAAGUCGCCUUUUACCACACCAAUUGGCCGGAAAGAUGAGGCAGAUCUUGCAAAGUCAGCUUUGGCUAUGGCAGAUUCAGACCACCUGACAAUCUACAAUGCCUAUCUCGGAUGGAAAAAAGCUCGACAAGAAGGAGGCUGUCGUUCUGAAAUGGCAUACUGCCGGAGGAACUUUCUUAACAGAACGUCACUGUUAACCCUAGAGGAUAUAAAACAGGAGUUGAUAAAGUUGGUCAAGGCAGCAGGAUUUUCAUCAUCCACAACCUCAAGCAGCCGGGAAGGAAAUCCAACUCCACAGGCCCUCUCCUUUCAAGACAUUGCUCUUCUUAAGGCUGUUUUGGCUGCUGGACUCUAUGAUAAUGUAGGGAAGAUCAACUAUACAAAAUCAGUAGACGUUACUGAAAAGUUGGCUUGCAUGGUGGAGACAGCCCAAGGCAAAGCACAAGUUCACCCUUCCUCUAUAAAUCGGGACUUGCAGGCUUACGGAUGGCUUUUAUACCAAGAGAAGGUAAGAUAUGCCAGAGUGUAUUUGAGAGAAACUACCCUGAUAACGCCUUUUCCAGUUCUUCUUUUUGGUGGUGAUAUAGAAGUUCAGCACCGGGAACGCCUUCUCUCUGUUGAUGGCUGGAUCUAUUUUCAGGCCCCUGUGAAAAUAGCUGUUAUUUUCAAGCAGCUGAGAGUUCUGAUUGAUUCUGUUUUAAGAAAAAAACUUGAAAAUCCCAAGAUGUCCCUUGAAAAUGACAAGAUUCUACAAAUCAUUACAGAAUUGAUAAAAACGGAGAAUAAUUGAAACUGAAACUCUUGGCCAACUGCUUUAAGAUUUAAGAUGAAGAUACACAGUCAUGAUAGUAUGUGGACCAUCCCAUUAAUAUAUCAGUACUUAAAAUGUUGAUACUAGCCACACUUAGAGGUGGCAUGGGAAAAGCACAUUCUUUAAACAUGUGUAAUUUUCUAGUUCCUUUUUAAUGAGGAUUAUUCUCAACGUAUUUGCCACUACAUUUACAAUAAAUUCUUUGUUAUCAUCAGUUUUGUCUAUCAUUAUAAACCUCACAAGGAUUGUGUCUGAAGUCUCUGCAACGUAAGUGUUUUAAUUCCCUCUCUUACUGCUCCCUCCACUACCCUCCAUCCUCCACUGGCUCUUGAAGUCUGUAGUAUAUGAUCUUCUUGACCCAGAGGAGAAAAUGAACUCCAAAACCAGUUAUAAAUGUAGAUUUUCAAGAAA